AUGAUUAAUGAAAAUGAAAGAUGUCAGUCUUCCGCAUCAACUUCUGAUGAGCCAGAUAACCAGGGACAAAAAUCUAACAGUCUGUUAUGGAAGCACUACAACAGGCAAAUGCAAAAUGUACGACCAGCUGGAACCGCCAAUAGCAGGGCAAUCAUUGAAACCCAAAAAUAUCUAGAUGACACAGUUUUGUCUCCAGAUAUGGAUCCUUUGGAGUGGUGGCGAAUAAAUCAGACAAUUUAUCCAAAUUUAGCUAAACUAGCCAAAAUAAAAUUAAACGCAAUGGCCUCUAGCGUGCCUUGUGAACGGUUGUUUUCCAUAGCAGGGAACAUACUAACGGAGAGGAGGACCCGUCUGGGGAGUCGUAAAGUAGAACAGUUAUUGUUUCUACAACAAAAUAAAAAAUAA